CGCUCGGAUGCGCGAGACGAAGACGGAACCUCCGUUCUUCAUACGGAGUUGAUGGGCUCUUCUCGAUGCUGCGGGGGCCUCAUAGCGAAAAGUAGGGGAUAAGACUCAGUCUCUCGGCCACGUGCUACACGAGCGCACGCCCCGCCGGCCGGUCGAGCGCGAAAGACUUUUCGAACCGUUUUCGAACGUCCAUUUCGACUCGUUAUCAUUUCCCACGUAUUCGCUUGUUCUUCAUUUGUUUCGAAUGCUCACGAGGAUCCUGCGCAUCGCCUCUGUUCGCGAUCUCGUUUCCUCGUUCUCCUUCUAACAUGGCGCCUUUUCCGUUGAAUCUCAUUUUUUAAAGGAGCUCAAAUGUCCUCGCGACACCUCGCGGCGAUCUAGAAAAGUUGAAGCCUUCUUGAAACACGAUUUAUGGAAAAAAAACGCCGAGGACAAUGGCUCCUGAUGCUCUCAAUGUGAACUCGACCUCUUGCACUCGUUGCAGCCAUUCUGUGACUUAUUUAGUGACGUGAUGUUAUCGACUCAUGUUUUUGUGCUUAUCCGUACCCGUUAUCCCUCGGGCUUAAGUGAUAACGACGAUUUUUUUGCCCGCAUAAGUGAUACGCACACGCGAUGUGAUGAUAAAGCUCACAGGAUUUAAUAUCGUUUCUCUUGUGCUGCUCUCCCUUGAGAAAUACACUUAAGGUCUGGUUCAGCGAAUCGGUCCUCCGGACGGGUGAGGAUUUAUUCGUUUUUUAAACUCGUCACAGAAGCCCUAACAGCGUGUUCGACUGAACAAAAUCGCUCCAAUCGUCCUGGUUGAACUGAUGGUAAUAUUCGUCGGAGACGAGACGACUCGAAGCGUUGAAAUAAUAAAGACAAGAAUCGGAAGAGACGAUCCCCAUACGAUGGGGAGCCCGAGAACGGUGGAGCGAGUGGCAUCAGGGAGUAGAGCGACGCCGAAAAGCGAGACGAAAACUCCGAGACGGGAAUAAAGGUGUAUCACGGUAGCUAGCUGUUCGGAUGGACGUGGGCGAUCUAUCGAACCCUGCAGGAGGCUUGGCGGGAAACGGCAGCCCAGCAGCCGCCAUCCUCGGUCCAACGGUGGGUCAUCAUCCCGCUGGUGGACUCGCUGGUGGCGGCGGGAUCGGUGGGGCUGGUAUUGCCAGCAACGUUAACCCGAACAUUGCCACGAGCGCUGGCUGGUGGACGCCAACGUCAACCAUCAUUACCGCACCGGCUAACACCGACGUGAUGAACCAACUGUGCAGGGUAUGCGGGGAACCGGCGGCCGGAUUUCAUUUCGGGGCUUUUACCUGCGAGGGUUGUAAGUCCUUCUUCGGACGCACUUACAACAACCUCGGAAGCAUAUCCGAAUGCAAGAACGGCGGAGCGUGCGUCAUCAAUAAGAAGAACCGUACGGCUUGCAAGGCCUGCCGAUUGCGCAAGUGCUUGAUGGUCGGCAUGUCGAAAUCCGGCUCCAGAUACGGGCGUCGUUCCAACUGGUUCAAGAUCCACUGUCUCCUCCAGGAGCAGUCGCAUCAGGCCCAGGCCCGCUUCAAGGAGCCGAAGUCAUCGUUCGAGAAAGUGCUCAAUUCGUUGGACGCGGCGAACAACAACAACAACAACAACAGCAACCAAACUUCCGGAGCGCCAACUUCGCUCGGCGGGAACAAUAGUUAUCAAGGAAGAUUGCCAAAAGUGGACGAGUCCAGACUGAGGCCGCAGGAGGUUCCCUCGCGUCCUCAGUUGAUCGCGAGGCCUCCCGAUCUCUUGACCGGCUCCCACGAUCUUCUCAGGUCCGAAGCUUCCCGGUUCCCCAUGUGGCGAGGUCCGCCCUUUUUCCAUCCGAUGCACCUCCUCAAUUCCCCGUUUUUUCCCUUCCAGCAAAGAUUCCUCCUGCCCUAUCCGAAUCAAGUGGGCGCAGCUCAGAUACCCGUGACCAGUCUCUCCUCGUCGUCGUCCAGCGAAAGCGUCAGCCCCAGAUCGACCCCGUCACCGAAACGCGACUCUCACCACGACGGGAAUUCCCUAAGAAGACUCCACUCGGAUCCCGCCGAUGACUGCGUCCGGAGAUCUAACCCUGCGGAUCAACAAGCCCCGGAAGGAAGUCAGGACAAGAGUUUAGCCUUCCUCAGGUCUCUCGGACCUGAGCAGGACCUACCGAUGGAUCUGAGCACCAAGAGCCUCUCAAAAGCUGCUGCUAGUCGCGACGUCGAUUCGGAAGUCGUUAUGAGUUCCAGCGAUGAAAUGCCCGCGGACAGAAUUGAAAAGGACUGCACCGAUGGCGAAGAUGAGCAGAAGACUGAAACAGGACCGCCGCUCGAUCUCACCACGAAGACAUGACGAGGAGCUUGGCUCUAGGGCAUUAAGGAUCGAAGGAUGAGCCAACUGACCUGAGGAAUCAAUCGUCCGGGCUAAACAUUAAGGACAUUAGCGGGGCGGGCAGGCUGUCUCUCUCUCUCUCUCGUAUCUGCGCGCGAGUCCAUCAGCAUUUAUUCCAUUUGGAUUAGAAGCAGAGAAGAUUACUCGAGUUUUUUCGGUUCUCGGUGAAGCGCACGAGUUCGGAAAGACUUCACCAAGGGAGCCCUCAAAGUGUUUUGUAAGCCUCGGAGGUGUUACGAGCUUCUGUAACAGACUUGAUACUUCUGCCACGGUUGGAUAAGAGCCAGCAGCACCUGUGUACGUCUCCUCGGGUUCAUUUGGGUUAAAUGGAAAGCAGUUAGAUCUAACGACGUCUAGCGGAGUGUCUUGCCGCACGAAUGAUCUAUCGGAAAAGCCAGAGGAAGAGGAGAAGAAGGGGAAAAGGAGAGAAAAUGAAAGAAGUGCCUGUUCGUCGAUAGUUCCACAAGUGCUUACCCGGACUGAAGAUCAUCGCGAUAUCCUCACCAGCUUCGAAAGACGUACGACGCGUUUCAAAGACGAACGACUGUGCCGCGCUAUCUCCGAACAUUCUGGCUGGCUCGUCUGUCCUCGCACGGCGAAUAUGCAGCCACGCAACACCCAACGCAAGCGCUGCUUCUUCACCUAUCUAUAAUCGUACACUUGGAAUAUUCUAUGCGAUGUGUGAAGUCUCUCAAGAGUCUGAAGUUAAGUAGGAGUCGGAGCGAGUGUCGGGGGCCCAGCCCGGAUAGUUUAUUAUCGACAUUCGAGACUCGCCAUUCGCCUGCGACGACACUCGCUCGUCACCGGGCCCGAUCGAAGAGUCCGUAAGAUCGAGCCGAGAAGAUGGUUCCUCGACGUGAAUAUAUUAUCGCGUUUUGCGAAUGGACAAACCGUGCGCGUGAAACUCUUCAGCACCAACGUAUCCACGAUCGGUGACGAAUGAAUUGUAAAAAGAAACCCGGAGUACUUUAAAACACGCCUAAGAGAACGUCACUUGGUACAAAUGAGAUUCGAAUUUAGUGAACUACACGUAUGAGACGCGGUAACAAAUAAAAAAGCAACCAAUUAUUAUAAUUCGUUUGUCGAAACACGGGUGGUCUCCGAGGAAAUAUGAUCGAGUGCGUGUUCAUUUCGCUGUAACGUUACGAAGACGUUAGCGUCGACGAACGUGUCAAGGAGAAAUUGUCUAUUAUGCACACUGGAUUCUCAAUGGUUUUAAAUGAGAGGCAACUAUAUUUUUCGUGGUGAUGGGAGGAAAAAAUAAAAAUUCGUAUAAAAGGGGGAAAAAAAGGGUAAUAAAUAAAUAAAGAGUCUUAAUGCCAAGCUGUAUAAUGCCACGAAGAAUAUCCCUGCUCUGUUGGCCUCGCGACGAUAAGGAGUUUAGCCGGGGAAGAAGUACGAGCCUCGAUUAGCCAUUAAACACGCAGACAGUUGACUCUUUCACCUGCGAAUUAAACGCCACGGAUAUAUAAUAUUAUUCGAAAUAAAAGACCCUUAUGCUUGAUACAACUGUUCGACUCGAUAGUUCGUCGGUAUUUUAAGGUCACGUGAUCAUCCUGCAGCUGAUUUUCACAGGUUGAGAUUAAUUCGACGUAUUUUGUAACGCUCCAAGAGUGUUAUGGAGCUUGAGGACGAUCGAGGAAAGUCUUUGGACGAACGAAUAAAAUUCCGCCCUUCCCAUAUACCUUUUAAGGAUAAAAAGUAAUAUAAAAUAACGCGAGAUGGGCUCUCGCCAAUUGUAUAUUUUCAAUAAUACUUCGGUGCUCAAAUAUUAUUAUUUAAUAACAAGAAAAGCUUAUGGAAGCUGAAUCAAUCCACAGGCCAGUAGAUGCAAUUGUAGUGAUGAAACAUACGAUAUGAGUGCGUGCAUGUGUGUGUGUGUGUGCGCGCGCGUGCGUGUAAAUAUAUGUUAUAAGAUAAAUCUCAGCGUUCGAUUCGAUCGCGAAUAAAAACAACGAAUAAAUAAAUACGAUA